AUCACGUGUAUUCACUGCUCCUGGCUGUUACUUGCCUAGUCAACGGAGCAGCUCUCUGAGUUUAGAAGCAGCCCCCAGGUGUCUGUGAGCAUUCUUCCUGGCGGCUGUGCUUCUGGCUCCUUGGCUCUGAUCCACAAGCUGUCCCCUUCAUUGCAGUGGGAAGAUUUGCUGCACUGCCCCUUGUCAUCACCAACCACCUCCAACCUCGAUGGGACAGCACGUUGUUCCUCCUCAUCACCACCACCACCACCUACAUAAGAUGUCCAGUGCAAUACUGGAAAAUUGCAGAGCCAGUCCUUCCCUACAUCAUGCCAUUAUUGAAUAUCUCUUAAGUCAAAAUAUCUUCCUGAACAUCUUCUCGCUGCAAAACAAUGCAACUCCUCCUUAAGUGAUAUUCACUGGCUCAAAGCCAUGAAUGUUGUUCAUUUUUUAUUCCAGACACAUAAAAACAAUAUGCACCCAAUUGAAACAAUAGUUUAAUAAGCAGGACAGUUAGUGUUGGCUGCAAGAUGCAAUCAUGUAAAUGAGCACAUGGCAUGAAAAUUAGUGUCCUGCCAAGUUAAAGAACAACGGGUACAUGUAAAUGACGUUAUGAUCAAUAUGCUUGGGGGAGAUCAAAAUUGGAUGGAAAAUUAUUAUUAUACAGGAGAGUUGGGCAGAUAGCCUUUGGCAAAUUCUUAAUGUGGGUCUGGUUUUCUUGCACUCAGAAGAACCUUGUCAUAGUAAUUUGACAUGCUGGUCUGCUCCUUUUACUCAGGUAUCAGGGACCGAGGUGUGGGAAUCUGUGAGUGUAUUCUCACAUUCAUUUGUUUGCUGCUGGUUCUUCUAUUGUUCCCAGUAUCUGUCUGGUUCUGCGUUAAGGUGGUACAUCAACAUGAACGUGCAGUGAUAUUCAGGUUGGGCCGUCUGCUGCCAGGAAGAGCCAAAGGGCCUGGGCUCUUCUUCUUCAUACCAUGUCUAGACAUUUACCACAAAGUGGAUAUGCGUGUCACUAUCCUGGGGAUUCCCUUUCACGAGGUGAUAUCCAAGGACAUGAUGUUAGCUGAAGUGAAUGCAUGCUGCUACUAUCGGGUGGAGAAUGCCUCCCUCUCAUUAACAAGUGUCAUCAAUGUUCAUGACUCGCUAUCAUUGCUUGUACAAACUUUUACUAAGCGAAGUUUGGCACAUCGGAAAUUCAAUGAAAUUCUCCUGGAAAGAAAAAACAUUGGUGAUGAAAUCAAGGUUGCACUUGAUGCAGUAACGUGGAAAUGGGGAAUCAAGGUGGAACAUGCUGAAAUCAAAGACGUCCGCCUACCAGCAGAGCUUCAGCAUUCAUUAGCAGUGGAAGCAGAGGCACAUCGGAAAGCAAAAGCCAAGGUGAUUGCAGCUGAUGCUGAGAAGGAUGCCUUAGAAGCCUUAAAAAAUGCAGCUGAUGUUCUCUCUGGAUGCCCUGCUGCUGUCCAGCUACGGUAUCUGCAAACUCUUUCUGGUGAGAAAUCUUCCACAGUCAUCUUACCUCUGCCUUAUGAUGUUCUUAAUACUUUGUCAACCAUAAAUCAGAAAUCUUUAGAGACCACUGCUGCAACUGAAACAAUAAAACCAACACUGUCUCAAGAACAGAAGUCCAAGCCUGACUCCCCAAUGUUAUAAGAGAUGGAAAUGACAAUUCUAAGUGACAAGAACUAUGUAUAAUUUCUGUUUGCAAGCUAUGUGGAUACCUUUGUCAUCUAACCAGUGGCAUUAUGGAGGAAAUUAUCUGCAAACUAUCUGAGUUAUGAUAACAAAAUAAAUACAUAACAUUUUACUUGUGCACUUAGAAUGAAAUGUCCAGUGCUUAUUGAAAUCACAAUGCCAGACAUGCUUUAAUACAAUUUAAAGUCUUAUAUAGAUUACACUACUCUAAAAUAAAACUAAAUAGAAUCUUCCCACAAAUCUCUCCUAUUUGUGAUAAAUGUCUACAUCUAGAUGCUAAUUUAACACAUACGUUUGCAAAUUGUAUAAAAAUUAAACAUUUCUGGACUGAUAUUUUUGAAAUAAUUUCAGAAGUUAUUAAUAAAAAACUGGAUCCAAACUCAAAAUUAAUAAUACUUGGAAUAUCAGAGCAAAGUUUAACACUCACAACAAGCCAAAGAAAUUUCCUCGACUACAGUAUAAUAACCGGGAAAAAAUUAAUAUUAAAAUUUUGGAAAGGCCCUACAACCCCCACAAUUAAAAUGUGGAUUGUGGAAAUGUCGGAGACCCUAUAUCUAGAAAGAAUUAGACUUGUCUUAAUGGACAAACAAGAACUUUUUGAUAAAAUAUGGGCUCCAUUCAUUAAUUAUCUGACGGGAUAGAUUGGCCCAGCACGAAAACCCAACUGAAACUUGAACUCAGGAUUAGAUGAAAAGUCAUACAUUAUAAUCUACGAACCCAUCUCCAAUGACGUAUUAUAAGUAAUCCAUUCCAUCUUUUUUGUUUCUUUUGAUAUUUGUAACUCUUCUUUCUCUCUUUUUCUAUAUAAAAAAAAAACACUAGAAGUAAUCGACAAUUGAAAAUUUUAAUAAUGUAUGACUGAUGUAUAUGAAAAGUUUUGUUACUAUAAUAUGUAACUAUAUAAUAUGACUACUUCUAAUAAAAAUAUUUUUUAAAAAAAAAUUUUUUUAAAUUACAAAACACAUUGAUUCUGGGAGAAGACAAAUAAUAAAAAAAGCUCUGCUUGCAUCAAACAUGGUGGAAUAAUAACAAGCAGGUCAUUCAUAGAAGAAAAUAUAUAAAUCUCAUCAAGUGGAAUGCGUGGUUUAUUGAAAUAAGUACAGAUUGUUAUUGUUUCAUUAAACACUGCAUGCCACAAUACAAAUUUGCCUACAAAAAAUAUCAGCCCUCAAAGCAAACAUGUUCAAAAAGGAGAAUUUUAAUGAAACUAACGUUCUCAUGUACCCUGUAAAAUGUUAAGAAUUCCAUCUUUCCUUUUAGCUAUCGAUGUCAAUCUACUCAUGCAUGUGAAAUAUUUGUGACUGGUUUAAGCUUUUCUUGUGAGGGAAGAUAGGCCAAUAUUGUAUUAAUUCUAUUCAAGAUAAUUCAAAUGUAAUCUAAUCAUUUUCAACAAGCUAGAUUGAUCUAGAAGACUGUGACCUAUUAAUUUAAAUGUUAUGCUAAAUGUAAAGAUACAGAACUAUCUUUACAGCCCAAGGGAAGAUUUUACAUGUUAUAAUUGCUUUAUAAAUGCUCAGUGAAGUGUGAUUCUAUGGGUGACCAUGAUUUGCUUUGUAUUUAUCAAGGGAGCAUUUAUCAUGUACAGUCAAGUACUAUAUGUAGGGAGGAACUGCAGACGCUGUUUUAAACCAAAGAUGGACACAAAAAGCUGGAGUAACUCAGUGGGUCAGGCAGCAUCUCUGGAGAAAAGGAAUAGGUGACGUUUCGUGAAGAAACCAUUCUUCAGACUGAUAGGGAAAUGGGAGCGAGAAAUAUAGGUGAUACUUAUGACAAAUGAAUAGAAGAUAUGCAAAAAGGGAUGACAAUAAAGAUAUGCAAAAAGGACAACAAUAAAGGAAAGGAGGAGUCCUCAAUGGUCCAUUGUCGGCUGUUGGAUAGCGAGUUAUACUGACAGCAGCACUCAACAGGCUGACAAUGAAACUAGUACGACAACUAGGGUGCGGGAGGAAGAGUGGAUGCAAGGGUUACUUGAAGUUAGAGAAAUCAAUAUUCAUACCACUGGGUUGUAUGCUGCCCAAGUGAAAUAUGAGGUGCUGUUCCUCCAAUUUACAUUUUGCCUCGCUGACAAUGGAGGAUGCCCAGGACACUCUGAGAAUGGAGGGCUAUUUUUUGUAAUUUUGUUUGUUCCUGAGCAUUCGCAUUUUGAGGGGAUGAUGGUGUUGAACGGUGCGCUGUAGUCUAUGAACAACAGCCUGGCAUAUGUGUUUUUACUGUCCAAGUGGUCCAGUGUGGAGUGGUGGGCCAGCGAGAUCGCAUCUCUUGUUGUUCUAUUGCGGCAAUAAGCAAAUUGUAGUGGGUCCAGGUUCUUACUGAGAUCUGCACCAUAACCAACCUCUCAAAGCAGUUCACCAUGAGUGCCACUGGUCUGUAGUCAUUGAGGAUUGCCACCCUGCUCUUCUUAGGCACUGGUUUUAUUGAUGCCUUUUUAAACCAGGCCACAUUGUUUGCAUACCAAACAUCAAGCACCUGAUUUCCUCAGAAGAAAGAAACCAUACUUUAUUGAUGUGAACAGUAUCAUGAUGUAAAUAUGCAAUAGAUAAAUAGUGAUAAUAAAAACAUAAACUUACCAUAAUAUAAAAAUUCUUACAUGCCUUCAUUUUGUGAUAUAAUUCAUGAAAAUCAGGCCAUCAUAAUUUUUUAGGAUAACUGCAUUGCUUCUUCGUGGAGACUAAUGAAUUAUGACAGUGGUGCUUUUUCCAUGUCAUUUUACUUACCUCUUCCCCCAUGUAUGAUGUUGCUCUGAGAGUAUCUCGUUUGCUGCAUCUGGUAUUGUAGUUUACUCUUGUAGU